AGAGAGAGAGGUCUGUUUUGGAGAAGAACGGAAGAUGGCGACCUCAAACAAUCCGCGAAAAUUCAGCGAGAAGAUCGCCCUGCACAACCAGAAGCAGGCAGAGGAGACCGCGGCGUUUGAAGAAGUCAUGAAAGACCUGAGCAUUACUCGGGCGGCACGGCUGCAGUUGCAGAAGACCCAGUAUUUGCAACUAGGCCAGAAUCGUGGUCAGUGCUAUGGAGGUUCACUGCCCAAUGUCAAUCAGAUUGGAAAUAGCAACAUUGACCUGCCUUUUCAGACUACAGUUUUGGAUACCAGUCGAACGACUCGGCACCAUGGCUUGGUGGACCGUGUUUAUCGUGACAGGAACAGAAUCACAUCUCCACAUCGCAGACCUCUGUCUGUGGACAAACAUGGCCGUCAGAUUGACAGCUGCCCUUAUGGCUCAGUAUAUCUGUCACCUCCCCCUGACACCAGCUGGAGGAGGACCAAUUCUGACUCAGCCUUACAUCAGAGUGCCAUGAAACCUGCCCCGCAAGACACUUUUGUUGGAGGAUCCCAGGAGGUACAGCCAAAACGAGUCUUAUUGCUCACACCUCCAGAUACUGAGGAGGCUGAAACAGAAAUGGAAAAAGAUGAUCAGAAAACAUCGUUGCAUCCCAAAUCCCAUGAGGUUCCAGGGAUUAACAUAUUCCCAUCCCCUGAUCAAGAAGUGAACACCUCUUUGAUGCCAGCCACACACAACACGGGCGGCUCCCUGCCGGAUCUCACCAACAUUCAGUUCCCUCCUCCUCUGCCGACCCCAUUAGACCCAGACGACCCUGUAUCCUUCCCCACCCCAAGCACUUCCAGCAGCACGGGCAACCUCACUACCAACCUCACCCACCUGGGCAUCAGCGCUGCCAGCCACGUACCUCCCUCACCCCCUGCGCUCAGCGGCCAAACCCAACCUGCUCCUGCCCUCACACUCAACAUAGAUGUCCAGCAACAGCAGCAGCAGCCAUGCCCACAGCAGCUCUCCCCCACUCUCUCUCCCACCCUCUCACCUCAGAUGCCCAUUUCUCAGCCCAUUGCAAUGGACACCAUGUCUCUGGAGCAGCAACUGUCGCAGUACUCACUCCUCAGUCUGCUAAGCGACCUGCAAAAGCAGCAGCAGACCCUGCCCCAGAACAUCCGCCUCAUCCAGCUGCCCCCACUCACUGUCAGCUCUGCCUCCAGCACACCACAGACCUCCCUCGCCACCCAGUCGCCGACGGCCACCAGUGCACCAGUCAGCUCGCAGUAUCGCAAUCAGACUGGGUCUCCAGCCAACCAGUCUCCAACCUCUCCAGUCUCCAACCAAGGCUUCUCGCCUGGAGGCUCGCCUCAACACAUUCCGGUGGUGGGCAGCAUUUUUGGAGAUUCGUUCUAUGAACACCAACUGGCAUCCAGACAGACCAACGCUCUGUCCCAUCAGCUUGAGCAGUUCAACAUGAACAUGAUCGAGAACCCGAGCAGUUCUAACAGCCUUUACAGUCAGUGCUCCACACUCAACUACACACAGGCAGCAAUGAUGGGUUUAACCGGGAGCCACGGCAACUUGCAGGACACACAGCAACUAGGCUACAGUAACCAUGGCAACAUUCCCAACAUUAUUCUCACAGUGACCGGGGAGUCCCCACCUAGCCUGUCCAAGGAGCUGACCAGCUCACUGGCCGGCGUGGGUGAUGUCAGCUUUGAUGCAGACUCUCAGUUCCCACUGGAUGAGCUGAAGAUUGACCCUCUGACCCUGGACGGACUGCACAUGCUCAACGACCCGGACAUUGUUCUCGCCGAUCCAGCCACCGAGGACACCUUCCGCAUGGACCGACUGUGAAGCGAGCGGUGGCUGGAACUCAAAAGAAGCUCUCUGAAGAGGAAGAGGCUGGAGACUACUUAUUGUGCAGCUGCAUGGCCACCCAGUUUAUCAUCCAGUCCACGGCCCUCCCUUCCUCCCCCACAUGGCAUCUACAAUAGCAUGCUGCCAAAGCCGUCUGGGGAAGGGAGGCGCUCAAGCACAGAGGUGGAAGUGGCGUUACUACAUCCAUACUGGCUAGCGUUUGCAAGGCGGCUAGUUUUAAACCUCGUCCGUUGUACAAGUGUGUGCUAUGCCCCUCUUUAGGCCUACAUGUUGAGUUGCUUUGUUUUGUUAUGUUCUUUUGGUUUUUUGAGUUGUUUGUUCAUGUUUGUUUUGUUUUUUGUUGAUGUUUCUGAGUCUGAGGUGAUAUUUGUCUUUCUCAUGUCAUUGUAUGUGAGUAUUUGUUCCGUUCUCUACGAAAAGCAAGUGUCAAGGUGUGUGUGUGUGUGUGUGUGUGUGUGCGUGUGUGUGCGUGUGUGUGCGUGUGCAUGCAUGUAUGACUGUGUUAAACUUUAUUUAACCUAAAUAUUGAACCUCCUGACUAUGAUGGCUUUUCCCCCUAAGACACAGCUUUAUUUUUACAAACCAUUUGGUUUCUUUAGUGCUUUGUGUCUGUUUGCUUAUUUAUUUAUGUAUUUUUUUUGUUGUUGUUCACAUUCAUUUAUUUGGCAUGUUACAUGAAUUGCCAAAUCUUUUUGUCACUUGUUUUUAAUGUUUACGUUACGUGUAUUUUUGAAGUUGUUAGUUUGAUUCUGUGUGCGUUUGCGUGGGUGUUUUAUAUGUUUGUGUUAAAUUAUCUAUAUAUUUAAAAAUUUAAAUUAUUUAUUGAACCUUUUUAUUUAACACUAAGGAGUACUACUCCCCCCCAAUACUACUUUUUAUGGAUUUGAGAAAGCGUCGCUUGCUACUGUAUGUACUUUAUUAUUGCGAAAUGUCUAAUGAAAAAACUAGCAUCCGCUUUUUUUUAAACUCCAAACAUAACUUUACCAUGAUUAUCUAUGUGCUGGCGUUGUUGUUUUUACUUUGCCAGCAGACUCACUGAUUUAAUUGUGUGAAAAUGACAGCCUUGCCUAUAUUUUUGGUAGUGAUAUUGUAAAGUGUCUUUAAAAGCUAAAAACCUGUAUGUUUUCCUUGUUGAGUGAGUUGCUUGUUCAGUUGCAAAUUGAAAAUGUUAGUGCUGUCGUUGACUUCUGAUUUGCAUUAAAAGGCUGUCAUCGCGCAGGGCCAAAACCGUCAAAGGGAAGCUUCAGAAAGCUACUGAACUCAUCACUGUGAGCUGACCUGAUUUUGCCUUAUGAACAAAAAAAAAAAAGAGCUGUUUUUAAGCUGUCGGUGUGACAAACAAGUUUUCUAAUCGUCCUGUUAAUGUUUAUUCUCGUAUCUGAAAAGACUUCUGAUCAUGCACAAUCAGUGGCAGUAUUGUGUUUUUAUAAAUGCAGUUUUUCAAUUAAGUACUGUAUGGCAUGUAGGUUUAAGUGUUCCCGCUUAAAUGGAGGUUCUGUUGUGAAGCCAGAUGUCCGUCCGUCUGAGCUGCUAAAGUGAAAGUAAGGGGAGGGUACUGCUCCUUAUUCUCAGUGCUGUUUACCAGAAUGUCGUUCUCGUCUUUAUUCAUAUAUAUUUGUAUAUUUGUUUUUGUCUUGUCUGUCAUUCAUGUGAUGUCUCAUUUGUCUUUUUCCAUUUGAAAAGUUUUAAGGAAUCACAUCUUUGUAGUUAUGUACACUAUGAAAUUACAGAAAAAAAUACUGUUAUUCACCGUUUUAUGGUUUUAUGCCACUUGAAAUGGAUGGCCUAAUUCAGAUAAACCGUUAUAAUCCUGCUUUAUGCAGCCGGGGAAAAUUAAAGCACUUGGUCACUGCACAAAAAACA